AAAGCUGCAUUACAGACUCCCACACAGAGUCCUGUCUGUCUUCCUUUGCUUUCCCUCUGGAGCUGUGGAUGAGGGGUCCACUCCAUCUCCUCUCAGUCUGGAGUUCAGAGGGGGCAGUGGGGUCCAAGUGUGUACCGCUUUUCGAGUGUGUGUGACUUUAUUUUGCAAUUUUUGAACACUGGAACUGUACUGUAAGCAUUAUGACUCUCCUGGGCUCUGAACACUCCAUCCUGAUACGAAACAAGUUCAGAUCAGUCCUACAGUUCAGACUUCAGCAGAGGAGGACACGAAUGCAGCUGGUAGACCAAGGCAUCAUGCCUCUGAACCACGGGAAGUUCCCUCAGCAGGAGGACUCGUAUGCGUUCGAGGAGGACAGUAGCAGUGAGAGUCUAUCUCCGGAGCAGCAGCACAGCGAGGAGUCGCAGGGCUCCGCCUGCCCUUCUUCAGAGGCUGUUGCUGCUACACCCUCCUCCUCCUCCUCCUCACCUGCCCUCACCUCCCUCCCACAGGGAGCACACCGAGACCCCCCCGCAGAUCACAGCCAGGAUGAAGGGCUGUCUGCUGCUGACAGGAGCCAGACUUCCCCCCCAAUACCUGUCCCCGCUAUUGUCAAGUCCAAGUCUUCAGACAAGAACCGACACAAGAAGCCCAAAGAUGUGAAGCCCAAGGUGAAGAAGCUCAAGUACCACCAGUACAUUCCUCCGGAUCAGAAGGCAGAGAAGUCCCCCCCGCCCAUGGACUCGGCCUACGCCCGACUCCUGCAGCAGCAACAGCUCUUCCUGCAGCUGCAGAUCCUCAGCCAGCAGAAGCACGCUCACACACAUCCACAGCCACAAACACACUCUCCCCAUGCCCAGGCUCAGCAGCGCCAGCCAUCCUUCAGCUUUCAGCCUCACCCCCCCUGCCAAGCAAACAAAGGAGUAAGUGAGACGCUGUCAACUCCAUCCAGUCAGGCCAACAGCAGCUCCUCCUCCCCGGCCAAGAACACGUACAGCUCCAACAGCAACAUGUCCCCGAUCACAACCGGGCCCCUGCCAGCUAACCUGGAUGAUCUGAAGGUGUCAGAGCUCAGGCAGCAGCUGCGUAUCCGGGGCAUGCCUGUCUCCGGCACCAAGACAGCCCUCAUUGAGCGACUCCGCCCCUUCAAGGACUCCAACGCUGGCUCUUCGCCCUCUGGCUCCUCUGACAUCACCACAGUGACCUUCCCUGUCACACCUACAGGAUCCCUGUCUUCCUACCAGUCCCCAUCCCAGGGGGGCUACUACCCUUACCCCAGCACUUCCUCCACCCCUCCCAUAUCCCCCGCCUCCUCAGAGUUGUCCCUCAGUGGCUCUCUCCCAGACAGCUUCAGUGACGUGCCCAUGUCCUCGCCAACGCUCUUCACCCUGCAGCCCUCCCCCUCCCAGCUCAGCAUGGAGGACAGCCUGGGCAGAGGUGGGGCGAGGUCGGGGGAGGGGGGAGGUUUGAAUGGCGUGGAAGCUGAAAAAGAUAAAAUGCUGGUGGAGAAGCAGAAGGUGAUCGAGGAGCUGACAUGGAAGCUGCACCAGGAGCAGAGACAGGUUGAAGAGCUGAGGAUGCAGCUCCACAGGAGGAAGCGCUGCUAUAGAGCUUCACUGGACACCAUCCCUCCCACACCUCACCCUCCCAUGCACCACCAGCGGACUCCUGCCAUGUUGGGCCAGCACUUCUUUGGGGUGACAAUCAAGCAGGAGCCCACGUCCCUGUCCCCCGGCUGCCCUCUGUCCUCCCCCAAAUUGCUCAAGUGCUCUCCUGGCAGCAGCUGCAUGGAGGAUGUAGGACACUGCAGCAACCCCCCUGCCAACAUGAGGGGCCCCGGUGGGCCACUGUGUAUGGACGCUUCCUCUGGCAGCCCCCCCACAAUGUCUGCUUUCCUCAGUCCACAGUGCUCCCCUCAGGACUCCCCCAUUGGAAAGCCUUCUAGCCCCCGGCCUUCGUCUCCUAACAACCCCUACCUGCUACCCGCCCCUCCGGGAAGAGGGCACCCCCACCUCCAGGGCAACAGAGCACUCAGCAUGCAGAUGCAGCAGAAGAGUGGUGUCCAGGCGGGGGGGUGUUCUUAUCCCUCUGAGCAGCAAGCCCUUCAGGGAGUCUUCCAUCCCACCCUUCCCUGUGACACGGCCCGGCCUGACCCCCACCCCCUGCAGCCCAAGCAGCUGACCAGGAGCCAGCAGAUGGAUGAGCUGCUGGACGUGCUCAUAGAGAGUGGAGAGAUGCCAGCUAACGCCAGAGAAGAGAGGGAGAGGGCCUCUGUAACCAAAGUUGUGCCUCACAUUACUGUGUCCCCAGGGUGUCCCGGCCUCCUCAUCCCGCGGUUCCACAGACACUACGAACAACUGCCCCACACCCAGCUCCCUUACGACCACUCGGCCAAUCACAUCGCGGAGGGCCACUUGGAGAACCUGCUGGGGAGCGCAAUAGUUCGAGGCGGGGAGGUGGCCCUUCUUAAAAUGUCUGCGGACGACGGGGGACGGGACGAUGAACCAAACAGAGAAGGCAAUGGGUACAGCAGCCCCCACAACCCCCACCGCCGCCCUCACCACCCCCCACUGGACAAACAUUUGACCAACAGAGAUCUGAUAGACACGCCUCUGUCGCCCGUCAGCACCAAAGUGUCCGCCCUCUCCGAGGUGCAGGGCUUGGUCAGCAUGACUUUCAGCGAAACGCCGUGGGAGGCGAUGGAGUGGCUGGACCUGACCCCCCCCAGCUCUGCCACUGCCUUCAGUAUGGCUCCACCCAGCGGGCCCAACAUCUUCACCACAGAGUUCCUGGAUGUCACAGACAUUAACCUGAACUCCGCCAUGGACCUUCACCUGGAGCACUGGUGAAGGAGGGCCCCCCGUGCUGGCCCCCAGCUGCCCCCGCACCCAAGAACCUUUGACUGACACCAGCUUCAGCGGGGGCCACAGUGGGCUGUGAUCUGAAGGACUCUUUGAAUCUACAUUCAGAGAUGCUGACCUCCAGGACUGUCUCUGUUCCCUUUCCCUAUAUGGGAUGGCCCUCAGAGCCUGGCAGGGGUCUGUGCUUCAUACCAACACAACACCAGUGUCACUCCCCAGACUUGAAGACACAUUUUGAACAUUGUAUAUUUGAUGUCUGUUUGUAUUACUGGAAAAGAAAUGAAAAGAAUCACAAGGGGAAUUAUAGGCUGAUGUAAAUAUCUUAACUGUCCGUCCUGACAGAGACAAGUCGACGUCCGUGUAUUUGGUCAGUGGGGGGGACACACACAAUGUAAUCAGUUCAUCCACUGAUGUAGGUAUGAGGAAAUGAUCUGCCUACUUCCAGCUGAAUCCUCUUCAGUCAGUCUGGGUACAGAUGCUCGUCAUUCCUCUGAACCUUCUGAUAAGCUUGCUCACUAUUGGCUAUUCACAGAAUAUGAAAAACCUUUGGUCUUAUCGAUAUUCAUCGACAAACUGUGCCUUAUUUGCAACAACUUUUUAUAACAAUUUUAUUCCAGUUUUCCCUUUUUAAAAUAUAAUCAAUUGGUUAUUCAAUGAAAGCUAUAGACCAGGGUUGUCCAAACUUUUUUCACUGCAGGCCAUGAAAACUAUAUGAAGGGUUGGGCCCCUCACUAGAAGCGAGGUAAACUGCCUCAUAAGUGAAGUUAUAAGUUAGCUAAAUCAAUCAAAUGUAGGUAAGUUAUGAUUGAUACUUGAAUAUGCUUUUAGAAAACCACCAGCCUACAUCCCAGCUCUCCGUAGGGUUUACUUUAUUUAGUUACAAAAAGUGUUGGCAGCUCAUCCCUGAAACAGAAGCCUCAGAUUGCUUGAAAUAAGGGGAAAUAUUCAAUUAUGGUUUGUUAGAAAAUGUUUUCAACUUUAAUUGAAUGAAUUUAUUUUGAAAUUGGGCUUAUUAACACAUGAAUACUACUGUGUUAUAUAUGUUUUGAUAUAUAUAUAGAACAAGUUUCAGGUGAUAUAUUCCAUUAUACUUUCAGAAUUUUCUGAGGGCCAAGUCAAAAUGGACAUCGGGUCGCAGUUGGCCCCAACCCGUAGUUUAGACAUCCCUGCUAUAGACGGGUGAUAAUAUGCUUCAACAAAAGUCAACACCAGUUUUUCAGACAAUUGUUAAUGAAAAUAUGUCAUCUGUUUUUAUCCUUACAAAUGUCACCCUUUCUAUUCCCCGGCCAGUUGUUUAUUUUUUUAUAUUUAUACUUCAUCCUGUAUUAAUACUGACAUUCCUUUGAAGAUUGGGGCUCUCUGAUUUAACGGGGAAAUUCCAGUGAUGACAUUCUGCCCGCGGACAUUUCUGAGUAAUAUCGAAGUUCUUAAAAAUGUAAUACAAAGUGAAGGAGACACAUCCAAAAGCCAUGCUUUCUUAAAGGAAUCCCAUGAAGUGGACAUGUCCAUCAUUAGCACUUGUGAAUAGUCAAAAUGUAAUAUAUUUAGAUCUUUACUGUGAAUACUGCAUAUCGACACACAGUAGUGACAUCACACAGCACCAGUACGCCGUGAGCUCUGGGGAGGGUCUUUGCUUCAUGUGAGACUUAAAGACAUCUCAUCCAACUCCCAGGAGAGAAGCAGACAUAUACUGUGCCUAUAAGUGCCUCGAACAAUACAUUUACGAUGUGUGUGAACAUGGGUCUAAUGUGUGUUCUGCUCCGAUCCAAACCCUGGCAUUGUGAAGUGCUGUACCUGCUAAAGGGUCCUGAGGUCACGUGCAGGCUUUGAAUGGCUAUCUUAAAUAUGUGAGGGAAGUAUUCUGUACUUCCUGUCUCCUGUUGUAAAAAUAUCUGCUGGCUUUUUUUCUUUGAUUUUUUCUUCAUCAGGACAGAAGCUUCCAUGUUGCUUGGCCACUGACUUGCUUUACUUUUGUAAAAAGAAAAAUACUUUAUUUGCCAGCUAUCCUGUAUACUUCAGAAAGAGCAAUACACUUUUCACAGUGAUUAUUUAUGUCUAUUUCACGAGAAGCACACAAUAAAGGUUUCCAAUAUUUUUCAA